UGGCUCCAGCUGUCCUGCCAUUUAAAGGAUCAGCGUUCCUGUUUAGAAUCGUGUUUAUCUCGAAAUCUGUGUCAAAGCCGGAUACAAGAGGGCGUCUAGGCAGACGUAAGGUGAUAACAAACCAUACUCACCUGUGUGGGGACACUUAGUCACCAUGACAACUCCAAUGUUGAUAGUGCAUUUGAUUUGAAUAGGUUAUUGCAUCACUAACUGGCUAGUGACAAAGAGCUGAACUGAUUCCGAAGCUUUACAGACCACACCUCCAGAGUGUGGUUUAAACAACAAUGUCCAGACAUAGACCCGGCCCUUGUUAAGCCCCGGCAUUCAAUAGUCAAAUCAGACUGGAGUUGGAACAGAGAGACGGGGCCAAGCUAAGAUGGACGGAACAUCAGCUCAGUGAUCUGAAACAACUCUUUCCAUUAAAGUCCAAAGACAGAAGCUCAUCCAAGCAUCCAGGUGACUGUUCAACGGUGAAAGAAGGCAUCCCACUCCAAUCUCACCAUGGACUGGAAGAUGUUAGAGGCCCUGCUUAGCGGGGUCAAUAAAUAUUCCACUGUGUUCGGACGCAUCUGGCUCUCCGUGGUCUUCGUGUUCCGAGUCAUGGUCUUCGUCGUGGCCGCAGAACGUGUCUGGAUUGACGAUCAGAAAGACUUUGACUGCAACACCCGCCAACCCGGCUGCGCCAACGCCUGUUACGACCACUUCUUCCCUGUCUCCCACACCAGGAUCUGGGCAAUCCAGCUCAUCUUCAUCACCUGCCCCUCUUUCAUGGUCGUGAUGCACGUGGCGUACCGCGAGGAACGCGAGCGCAAGUACCGCAUCACACACGGUGAGAACGCCCGUCUCUACGACAACACAGGACAGAAGCACGGAGGACUCUGGUGGACAUAUCUCCUCAACCUCUUCUUCAAGACGGCCAUCGAGGUGGCGUUCCUCUACCUCCUCCAUCUCAUCUACAACAACUUUGACCUGCCGCGACGCGUCGUGUGCGACCUCUGGCCUUGUCCUAACCAGGUGGAUUGCUACAUCGGCCGGCCCACAGAGAAGAGGGUGUUUACCUACUUCAUGGUAGGAGCGUCGGCUGUGUGUAUAGUGCUCAACGUGUGUGAGAUAUUUUACCUGAUAGCCAUCCGGGUGCUGAGGCUCAGCCACCGGGGAAGCCUCCAUUCCUCCCCCAAGAAGAGGUGCUCUGAGCCGGACUGGGAUGGGUGUCAGACACCGGCGGCAGACUACCAGAAGGGCAACGAGGCCGGCUUCAACAUAGAGGAGAAGAGUACGUCUAUCUUUUAAGUCAGACAUUAAACGUUUUUUUACAAUCAAA